AUGUCUAUCCCUUCGUCACCCGUCUCCCCAGUGGACGAAAAGUCCCUCAACGAUCUUCCAAGUGGCUCUGACGUGACCGCAAGCAAUACCACGAGCGUCUCAGGUCGUCUUCAUGCCCUAGAACAGCUAGAAGUCCUCCCUAAGAUGCUUCAGGAGGGCAUCCUCUUUGCAGGAUCUGGCGCAACGUUGCUACUGCAAGCUGCCAUGCCUGGAAUUCGCGACGCAGGCACCAACCAUGGCGGCCACAAGGAGCUAGCUACAGAGCUCAUUGAUGCCCUCCAGGCCCAUAUCAGCUACAUCUCUUGCUUGGUCUUCGGUACCCGCGACGAACGCAAGGCUCUCAUCGAUCUCCUGCGGGACGGUAAGCCGCCCCUGUUAGGUGGCGGUCGUUCGAAUCGCUUUGCUGAGCAUCCGCCGCUACAGUUGUGGAUGGCGGCGACGCUGUACGCGACCGCGACCGAUUUUUACCAGCGCGUCUAUGGCCGCGUUGACUACGCCAGUGCCCAGCGUGCAUACCGCGAGUUUACUUUACUCAUGAACUGCCUAGGUGUGCCUGCGGGUACCUGGCCGGAAUCUCGCCAGGCAUUCUGGGCUUACUGGGAUGACCAGGUCCCCCGAUUGACUGUCUCAGAGGAUGCAGCUCUGUUUGCCAAGGAUCUUCGGGAAAGUAACGAUCUGCCGCGUUGGGUGCAGUCGUUGAAGCCUUUCUUACGUGUAACUACGACCGAGAUGCUGCCCCCGCGUCUGCGUGAUGCCUAUGGUCUGCGCUCGACGGUCACAACCCGAGCCCUUUACCGCACCUGGAUGGGCUUUUCGGUCGCUCUUUAUCCGGCCAUGCCUGAUAAAUGGCGGGCAUAUCCAUUGAAAUUUUAUCAAGAUCGGCUUAAAGAGAAGAUGAAUGUGAAGUAG